AGAAAAUAAAAGAACCUGUGUGCUGUUUGCCUUUUUCGGGGAAACGCCCUCACCAGCCUCCCUGGGCGUGGUGCAAACAGAAGGAGGCGGUGUUGAGGGACAAACUAUCCCACUUGGCCGUUCCCGCUCCCUGGAUGUUUUUAAAGGAAUUCCCUUUGCCGCCAGGCCUGGCCUAUUUGAGAAGCCCAAACCUCACCCUGGCUGGGAUGGUAUAUUGAAGGCAACAAAGUUUGCUACGAGAUGUCUCCAGAAGAGCAUGCUCCAGACCUCAUCUUUUGGAAGCGAAGACUGCCUCUACCUCAACAUCUGGGUUCCUCACGGUCAACACGUGUCCUCGGGUCUCCCUGUCAUGAUUUGGUUUUAUGGAGGAGGCUUCAUGGGCGGUGGUUCAAUGGGGCCCAAUUUUCUCAACAACUACCUGUACAGCGGUCAGGAAAUCGCAGACAAGGGCGAGGUUAUUGUUGUGUCCGUGGGAUACCGCGUGGGCACCCUGGGCUUCCUCAGCACAGGGGACUCCAGCCUACCUGGAAACUACGGUCUGUGGGACCAGCAUGCCGCCAUCGCCUGGGUGCACAGGAACAUCCGCUCUUUCGGGGGAGACCCCGACAUCAUCACCCUCUUCGGAGAGUCUGCAGGAGGAGCUAGUGUCAGCUUUCAGACCCUCUCCCCACACAACAAAGGGCUGUUGAAGAGAGCCAUCUCCCAGAGCGGCGUGGCCUUCUGCCCCUGGGCUCUGAACAGCAACCCCCGCCCGGCUGCAGAGAAGGUCGCUGUGAAUGUCGGGUGCCCCACUGACGAGCGGAUGGUGGCCUGUCUAAAAUCAACCGAUGCUAGGACUCUCACCAUGGGUGCUCCCCUCUUCACAGAGGGCUCCCCAGACGACCCCAGUAUCACGCAGCAGCUUCUGUCUCCUGUUGUUGACGGCGACUUCCUCCCUGAUCGUCCCGCCAACCUGUUCCACAACGCCGCUGAGGUCGACUACGUCGCAGGGGUCAACAACAUGGACGGACACGUCUUCACCGCAAAGGACAUUCCUUCCCUCGGGGACAAGAAUCAAGAGACUCCUGUAGAAGAUGUGAAGAGGCUCCUGGCUGCUUAUACCAAAGACAUGGGGCCAGCUGCUGCGGAGAUGGCCUUUGCUGAAUAUUCGUCCAACUGGGGGACAACACCCAGCCCGGACCACAUUAAGAGAGCCGCUGUAGACAUUGGGACUGACUACAUCUUCCUGGUCCCCAUACAGGCGGCCAUCUACCUGCACGCAGCUAACGCCAGGUCUGCGCGUACUUACUCCUACCGGUUCUCUGAACCCAGUUUAUUGGCUGGACCAAGCAGACCCUACAAUGACUGGGUGGGAGCAGAUCAUGCUGAUGAUCUGCAGUAUGUGUUUGGCAAACCCUUCACCACACCAAAGGCUUACGGGGACAGACACAGAGACCUGUCGGGCUAUUUCAUCGCAUACUGGACUAACUUCGCCAGAACUGGAAACCCCAACAAGGGGAACCUGGAGGUGCCUGUGACCUGGCCUGCAUUCACCAGCACUGAGCCCCAGUUUGUGGACAUCAAUGCUAAAAUGAACGUGAGCUCCACUGGACGGGACAUGAGACUACGUUUCGUCCGUCUUUGGACCAGCACCCUUCCCAGCCUUCAGUCACACGGGACACUUGUCAGUGGAGGCGUGAAGAAGUUCCUGGCUAUUCAUGGAAAUGGAGGAGGAUGACACUAAAUUUAGAGGAUGGCAUUGGAAAUACAACAUAUAAGUAUAAUCAUUCGAUUACAACAUCAAAACUAUUUAAGAAACACUAAGAUGCUUUACAAUUGCACAUAAAUAAAGUAGAACUUAGCAAUCAA